GAGGUUCACUCACGUGUGUCAAAAAGUGGUACCGUCGAUUUGUAAAGCUGUAAGAUUCGAGUAACUGCGUUGGACCACUGAUCUAAAAAAAAGACACACUUUUUUUGCGAGCACUGUGGCGUACGCAGUUGUUGCGGGCAGUUUGAUGUGCGCCACUGGAGCAACAUGUCUCCCUUCUGAGCAUCGAACGGCAUGGGAGGGCAAAUAGUUGAGUAACGCAAAUUUGCGUACAUUGCCGCAGAGUACACGUGUGUACGUUAGAGCCGAACCUAUAGGAUACAUUUUUGAGUGCAGAGUAAUUUUUGUCGCCAUGUUUCGGCACACGAAGGCUGUGCUGGAGAAACUACGUCAUGUAUGUUUGCAGCUGUCAUGGAGGCAGAGAAGCACUGCAGUAAAAGAGAAGACUCUUCAUUACAAAGCAGGUCAACAAAUCCAUGGUUUCACAGUUAAAGAGGUUGUGGCAGUACCUGACUUGUUCCUCACGGCAGUCAAGUUGACUCAUGAUAAAACAGGAGCACAGUACCUGCACGCAGCCAGGGAUGACCCCAAUAACCUCUUCAGCAUCCAGUUCAGAACCACCCCCAUGGACAACACAGGCGUCCCCCACAUCCUGGAGCACACGGUGCUGUGUGGAUCCAAGAAGUAUCCAUGCAGAGAUCCUUUUUUCAAGAUGCUCAACAGGUCACUGUCCACCUUCAUGAACGCCUUCACAGCUAGCGACUACACCAUGUAUCCAUUCUCCACCCAGAACGGGAAAGACUUCCAGAAUCUUCUGUCCGUCUAUCUGGAUGCUGUCUUCUUCCCGUGUUUAAGAGAGCAGGAUUUCUGGCAGGAAGGUUGGAGGCUGGAGAACGAGAACCCAACAGAUGCCAGCUCACCUCUGGUGUUUAAAGGAGUCGUCUUCAACGAGAUGAAGGGCGCUUUUUCCGACAACGAGCGCGUGUACGCUCAGCACCUCCAGAACAAGUUGUAUCCGGACCACACCUACUCUGUGGUGUCUGGUGGCGAGCCACUGGCUAUUCCUGACCUCACCUGGGAGCAGCUCAAACAAUUCCACGCCACACAUUACCACCCCAGCAAUGCCAGGUUCUUCACCUAUGGAGACUUGCCUCUGGAGCAACAUCUGAAGCAGAUUGAGGAGGAGGCGCUGUCCAAGUUUGAACGCAUCGACCCCAACACACAAGUCCCCUCUCAGCCACACUGGACCAGACCUAGAGAAGACCAUGUGACCUGCAGCCCAGAGGCAAUGGCUCCCGAUCCAUCCCGGCAGAACACGCUGUGUGUCAGCUACAUGCUGGGAGACAUCACCAACACCUUCGAAGCCUUCACGCUCAGCAUGUUGUCUUCACUCAUGACAUCGGGUCCAAAUGCUCCCUUCUACAAAGCUCUCAUCGAACCCAAAAUAGGAACAGACUUCUCCUCAGUGGUGGGAUAUGACGGCAGCACCAAAGAGGCAUCAUUCAGCAUCGGCCUGCAGGGGAUGGCCGAGGAGGACACGGAAAAGGUCAAGCACAUCAUUCACCACACCAUCAGUGACAUCAUUGAGAAGGGUUUUGAGGACGAGAGAAUUGAGGCUCUCCUGCACAAGCUCGAGAUUCAAAUGAAGCACCAGUCCACCAAUUUUGGCCUGUCUCUGGCCUCUUACAUCGCGUCCUCGUGGAACCAUGAUGGCGACCCUGUGGAGCUGCUGCAGAUCAACAACAGUGUCACCAAGUUCAGACAAGCCCUGAAAGAAAACCCACGCUUCCUGCAGGACAAAGUCCAACACUACUUUAAGGAGAAUACGCACCGGCUGACUCUCUCCAUGAGUCCAGAUGACUCCUACCUGGAGAAACAGGCCAAAGCGGAGGAGAAGAAACUCCAGGAGAAGAUCAACGCUCUGUCUGACGGUGACAAGAAGGAGAUCUAUGAGAAAGGUCUUCAGCUGUUGGAUGCUCAAAGUAAGACUCAGGAUGCUUCGUGUCUGCCAGCCCUCAAAGUGUCAGACAUUGCGCCCACCAUACCCGUCACUCCUGUCCACAUGAGCAAUGCCGGAGGCGUUCCGGUGCAGUUCUGUGAACAGCCCACAAAUGGUUUGGUUUAUUUCCGGGCAAUGUGCAGCCUCAAUACGCUUCCAGAGGACUUGAAGCUCUAUGUCCCUCUCUUCUGCAGUGUCGUCACUAAGAUGGGCUGUGGUUCUCUGGACUAUCGGCAGCAAGCCCAGCAGAUGGAGCUGAGGACGGGGGGCAUGUCCGUGUCCCCCCAAGUCAUCUCUGACUGCACCAACUUGGACAUGUUUGAGCAGGGUGUCCUCCUGUUCUCCUCCUGCUUGGACAGGAACCUACCUCACAUGUUCAAGUUAUGGCAGGACAUUUUCAACAGCCCGCAUUUCGACAACGAGGAGCGUUUGAGGGUGCUGGUGAUGAUGUCAGCGCAAGAACUGGCCAACGGGAUCUCCCACUCUGGUCACAUGUACGCCAUGACACGGGCGGCCCGUUACCUGACUCCAGCAGGGGAACUCCAUGAGACCUUUGAUGGGAUGGAGCAGGUGCGGUUUAUGAAGAGGAUAGCAGAGAUGUCGGACCUCACUCAGGUCAUCCGUAUGCUGCCCAGGAUCAAGAAACACAUCCUUAAUCCUGACAACAUGAGGUGCGCCAUCAACGCAACACCUCAGCAGGUGCCCGAGUCGGCAGCGCAUGUGGAGAGCUUCAUGAAGGAUGUGGCCACUAACAGGAAGCACUUCAAAGCUGUACGACCAAACAUCAUCAAGAGGCCAGUAGAUGUCCUCAGCGACUCUGGACCCAGCAGGAAGCUUAUCGAUGACCCAAAUUUCCAACCUUGUUAUAUGAAGACGUUCUUCCAGCUGCCAUUCCCAGUCAACUUUGUCAGCGAGUCUGUGCGCACAGUCCCUUACAACCACGAGCACUACGCCAGUCUCUGUGUCUUGGCGAGGAUGAUGACGGCAAAGUUCCUCCAUGGAGAGAUCCGAGAGAAGGGCGGUGCCUAUGGGGGUGGAGCCAGGAUGGGAGGAGGUGGCGUCUUUUCCUUUUACUCCUACAGGGAUCCAAACUCGGUGCAGACGCUCUCUGCCUUUAGGAAAGGUGUGGAGUGGGCCAUGUCGGGCCAGUUCACCCAGCAGGACAUCGAUGAAGCCAAGCUGUCCGUCUUCUCCUCCGUUGACUCGCCUGUGGCGCCCUCUAGCAAAGGGAUGUCAAUCUUCCUGAGUGGACUCUCAGACGAGAUGAAGCAGCGUCACAGGGAAAGGCUCUUUGCUGUCACACAUAAAAACCUUCUGGACGUGGCUGAGAGGUACCUCGGCACCGGUCACAAGACGUGUGGCGUGUCCAUCUUGGGCCCAGAGAACGACGCCAUCAAGAAAGAUCCAUCAUGGGUGGUCAAAUGAUGCAACUGCACCAUGUGUAACAUAUGUCAUUAGGCACAAAUUAAUCUUGAUAAGGCAAAUAAAUGCUCAUGUUGGAAUAUACAUGCAGCUUCAAUCUUAUUUUAAUAUCUAUGCCCUUGCUGGGUGGUUUAGAUUAAAAGUAGUACAGUAAGUUGUGUUAUUUGAGGUAAUAAUCAUCAGGAUCCUGUUCUCAAAGUGUCAUGGCAGCUGGCCAAGGUCACAUGGACCACACUGUUUCGACGUGGGGGGUGCCAUUUGUGUCUUGCGUGGACACUUGAGAGGAGGUCGGCAUCAACUUACCGUCACCUCAAGGCCGCUGUUUUGAAAAGGGGUCAACUUUUUUUGUUUGACCCUUUUGCUGAGUGACAGCACUUUGCUUUCCCCGCAAGUUGACCUGGUGCUGGCCUCGGAUGGCCCAAAUACCACAGAAGGAGGAGAAGAAGGACACGGUAUGUCACAAGUCGAUUCUCGCAAUUGCUGUCAGUCACAUUGCUGCCCUUUGUUUGCUGCAUGCUGAAGUCUAUUCUUAUAAGUCACACCCCAUGAUGAGUUAGUUCACUGCUUGUCUGAAAACAAGGUUAUUACAGUUCUAAACAGAUACGUACAUCAUUUGAAUGUUCUUGUGUUAAGUUAUUCAAGGCAGCAGCUGUUUUACAGUUUUUCUCCAUUGGUUUGGCUCGUUUCUUGAAACAGAAAUAAAAUUCUUAAAGCUAUGAUCAUUUCGUGAAACAGUUUUACAGUCGAGCACAGCACUUUAACUCACUUGCAAAAGCUCAUAUGUAUCUCUCCCAAAACUGUUCAUUCAUGCUUCAAAGCCAAUUCAUUUCCCAUGUAAAUUGUCAUUGCCACCAAAAUGCAAAGAUCCUUCUCCAUUGCUUUGGCUCAUUUCUUGAAACAGACGGGACAUUCUCACCACUCUUCGUUCUUUUAGCAGAAUCAGCUUGGAUGGUUCAGCACAACGCCGUGGUUCACCUGCAGAAGCUCAUAUCUCUCCCAAACAUUUCAUUCAUCUGUCAAAACUAAACUACUUUCUCAUAUAAAUUGUCAGUGCCCCCAAAAUGCAUCAUCCCUUUGGCAUUGUUUAAGCAUGUUUGCAUGUUUUGUCGCAAUGGCAGACUACCAUUGAAAUAUCUCUCAUGUUCACCUCUGAGUCUUGCUAACAAGGUAUUGCUGAAUUUACUUUUUUAUUACACAGCAAAAUACUUUUAGGUUAGGACUAAUCAUUGGACAUGAUUAUAGAUCAAUUUGUGGUGUGAUUUAGAAUACAAUUCAUAGAAUAGAUUUAAAACAAACUGUCUUAGGGCCCUAUGAAAUCCGUUUAAUUUAUACAUGUUUGGCAGCAUUCACAACAAAGGACAGCACCUGUGUAAGUUCUAGUUUCACCUGACUGUCAAUUAAACAAUUGAUCAAACGUUCCAAGAAACUGUGCAUGUGAUGACUUACACAAUGAAAUGAUGCUAACAUAUUUUGGAGAGAAGAACCAUUAGGCCUGAGAAUGGAGAAUCAGUUUAGAUCAACAAGAUCUAUUCAAUUGUAAACUGUGCUAAAUGUAGGCUACCUGUUCUUAAUCAUUUCCAAAGCUGUGCUCAGAAAUUGCGACGAUCUUUUGUGAACAACUGCCAAGUGGUUUGGGGGUAUGUCCAUGUUAUUUUAAGAAUGUAAUUACUGUUUCAAGAAAUGAGACAAACCAAUUGAGAAAAACUGUAAGAGGCACAGAAAGUUGACUGGAUUCAUUUAAGCCGCAGGCAGCUAUACUGUACUUCACCGGAUCACCACCCUUUAUUUUCUAAUUACUUUUUAUAUCAUAAAUGUGUUCAUGUGGUCACAUAACAUGGGAAUGUUUUAUGUGUGACAUUAGGAAAUGUUUUACUCACUAGUUUGAUGUUGAAAGUAUUCCAGCUGAUGCUAACAUAAGGUACUACUAUCGUUGAGCUAAUGCUAACGCUACAAAACAGAAUCCA